GCUCGGGGGCUCGGGGCUAGUAAACCGAAUCUUUGCACGGCAUCGUCGUUAUUAAUACGUAGCAAACCAUAGCAAAGGGCGAGAAGUGUACAGAAACUUUAGGAAACUAGGAUAAUUUGGUGAGGAACAUGGCGCAAAGAUUCCCUGUGCCUACCGCAGGGAAUAAUGGGCCUCCACCUCAGAGGUAUGCUGCAUCAUCUGUGCCGCCAAACCUGAGGCAGUACUCGAAUCCAAAUUUUCCUAUGCAACAAAGGUCUGGGUUCACUCCUCCUCCACAAAUGGCAAACGCUGGUCCUGGACCAGGUAGCAUAAUAAGGGCGAGUCAGCCCUAUACAAAUAUGCGACAAGGUCCGAUGCCGACUCCACCGGUUGGUAAACGAAGCGCGGAUCAACGAAUCCCAAUGUCCCAGCAGAAACCGUAUUUUUGGAACAGUGAUUUUUCACAUUCCACAUCGAAGAAGAAGAAAAAGCUGGCAGACAAGAUACUGCCGCAGAAAGUGCGUGAUUUAGUGCCCGAGUCGCAGGCCUACAUGGACCUGCUCGCGUUCGAACGAAAAUUAGACGCGACGAUAAUGAGAAAACGGUUAGACAUACAGGAGGCGUUGAAGCGCCCGAUGAAACAAAAAAGGAAGCUGCGUAUAUUCAUAUCGAACACGUUUUACCCGGCGAAAGAAGCCGGCGAGGGCGAGGAGGGAUCCGUCGCGUCUUGGGAGCUCCGUGUCGAAGGAAGACUCCUGGACGACACGAAAAACGAUCCCAACAAGGUAAAGAGAAAGUUCUCUUCGUUCUUCAAAAGUUUAGUUAUUGAGUUGGAUAAGGAUUUGUACGGUCCUGAUAAUCACUUGGUCGAAUGGCAUCGCACGUUGACAACUCAAGAAACCGAUGGUUUCCAAGUAAAGAGACCCGGCGAUAAAAACGUUCGGUGCACUAUUCUCUUGCUACUCGAUUAUCAACCCUUACAAUUUAAAUUGGAUCCUAGAUUAGCGCGGCUUUUAGGUGUUCAUACACAAACGCGGCCGGUUAUAAUAUCCGCUUUGUGGCAGUACAUAAAAACGCAUAAGCUUCAGGAUAGCCAUGAGAGGGAAUUCAUAAAUUGUGAUAAAUAUCUGGAGCAGAUAUUCGCGUGUUCGAGGAUGAAGUUCGCGGAGAUACCUCAACGUUUGAAUCCGCUUCUGCAUCCACCGGAUCCGAUCGUGAUUAAUCACGUGAUCAGCGUCGAAGGCACGGAGACGAAACAGACGGCGUGUUACGACAUAGAUGUGGAAGUGGAUGACACAUUGAAGACUCAGAUGAACAAUUUCCUGCUGUCCACCGCGAGCCAGCAAGAAAUUCAAAGUCUGGACAACAAAAUCCACGAGACCGUCGAGACGAUCAAUCAGUUGAAGACGAACCGGGAGUUCUUCCUGAGUUUUGCCAAAGACCCGCAACAGUUCAUCAACAAAUGGAUUAUCUCGCAGACGAGGGACUUGAAGACGAUGAUCGACGUGGUAGGGAAUCCCGAGGAGGAGCGCAGGGCGGAGUUUUAUUACCAGCCGUGGGCGCAGGAGGCCGUGUGCCGGUACUUUUACACGAAGGUUCAACAGAAGCGAGCGGAGCUGGAGCAGGCGCUUGGUAUCAGGAACUCUUAAGCGGUCACGAUGACCGCUGUGUAAAGUAUUUAUAUCAACUCCAUUUCUUUUUCUUAUUCUUGAUCCAAUUGGAAAAUCGAUUGUCGCCACGAUUUUAUCGCGACAAACGACGCUGCACCAGCGGCAUAAUUAAACGACGUUUUAAGAGGAAUCAACGGAUGUAAGUUUAUUUACGCGUAUUAUUCAAUCUUAUUGACUUUACUCAAGCCCUGAUCCAUUUUCGGAAUAGUCUUUUUGUACGAGGACACGCGCGUUACGGAUCAAGCUAAACGCCUAAGCAGUAGUAGUAAUUGUGACACCCGAUAGGAAUUCUGUAUAAUAUAAAUAAAAUGAAUCUUUGAUAUAA